AUGCCUUUAUUCUUUCUUUAUUCACUUUUAAUUUACUUGACACUUUUUCAAUGUAUACGUAAUUACAAACUUUUAAGUACAUUACAAUUAUCCAAUAAAGCAUUAGUUGGUAACUAUGUAGGUAGUAAUUUGAGUUAUGCGAGUUGGCUGGGGAAAAUAAAAAAUAUAAAUAAUAGGAGAACGUUUGAAAUAAAUAUGAUAAAAAAAUUUAUUAAUGCACGGGAUCCUUGUGAACCUCAAGACCACUUGAAAGAUAUCCCAUAUAAGGACGAAUUGGAUAGGAUUCAAAUAAGAGGGAAAAAAAUAGAAAUGAAAUCCAUAUUUUCACCACAAGGAGAAUUAAUACCUGCUACAUUAAUUGAAAUAAUGCCGAACGUUAUUUAUAGAUUUUUAGAUUUUGGUAAAGUAGGUAUAGCAUAUGGAAAACCAUUAGAUGAGAGUCGAUGGAUUUUAAAACCAGAAAUAGGUCAGAUAGCUAAAGUUGGUUGUAAUUUUAAAAAUACAUGUAGCUUGACAUUAACCCCUCCACAGAAUUUUGUAUUAGGACAAAUUAUUGAUGUUUCUUAUUUAUAUAAUUAUAAAUAUGUAAAUGUAAGAGGUUUAUCUAAAGGAAAGGGUUUCAGUGGUGUCAUAAAAAGAUGGGGAUUCAAGAG